AUGGCUUCCGAAAAAUUAGUUGUAUUUGGAGUUGUGGUUUUAUUGGCGACGGCGGUCCUCGCUAAGGAUUGUCGAGGUCUUUUUUGCAAAAAACGCAUCGAAUGUGAUUUCAGGCAAGUUUUGAAGCUAACCAGUAAAUCUCAAUCUCCCCAGGGUGUCCGUUGCCAUGACUGCCGCACCCGUCUCAUCUGCACACCUCGCGGAGGCAUCCUCAGCUCAUGCUGGUUUCCUGGUCACCGGUACUGCACCAACGGCCGCUGCGUCAAGCAACCCACCACAGCAUGUGCCACUGAACGACCACCUCCACCUAAUAAUACCACGGAGCAUCCAGCCACUUUAGACCCUGACAGUACAACAGAAGGAACAAAUCCUACGUCCAUAGAUCCAGAAAAUUCUGAUGCAACUACAUCUAUUACUGAAGAUACAUCUACUGAUCUCACUUCCACUUUAGACCCUGAAAGUACAACUGAAGGAACAGAUGACCCUACUUCUAUAGAUCCAGCAAGUAAUACUGAAGCAGUUACAUCUACUACUGAAGAUACGUCUACUGAUCUCACUUCUACUUUAGACUCUGCAAGUACUGAAAGAGAUAUUUCCACUACUGAUGAAGCUAUAUCUACUACUAUAGAAACUGAUUCUGCUACAGAAUCUUCUACUACUGAAGGAUCAACAUCGGAUGAAUCUAUUUCUACCACUGAAGACGGGUCUGACAGUGAUGAAACGUCUACCAGUGAAGGAUCUUCUACAACUGAUGCGAGUUCUACUAUAGAGCCUGAUUUUAGUACAGAUGAACCUACUUCUACUACGGAUGAAUCUUCUCCUUCAGAAGAUUCAUCAACAACAGAUUCAGGCUCUACCAUAGAGCCUGAUUCUACUACAGACGAAUCCAGUUCUAAUAAAGAAGAAUCUACUUCUACUACGGAUGAAUCUCCAACGACUGACACAACUUCUACUAUAGAGCCUGAUUUAGCUACUGAUGAACCAACUUCUACUACAGAAGAAGGUACUUCCACCACUGAAGAACCUUCUACAACUGAUUCAAGCUCUACUAUAGAGCCUAAUUUAGCUACUGGUGACUCCACUUCUACUACAGAUGAAGGUACUUCUACUACUGAAGAAUCUUCAACAACUGAUUCAAGCUCUACUAUAGAGCCUGAUUUAGCUAUCGAUGAAGCCACUUCUACUACAGAAGAACAAACUUCUACCACUGAAGACUCAAGCAAAGACGAGGCUACCUCUAUGACGGAUGAAUCUACUUCUUCUACUGAACAAUCUUCAACAACAGACUCAACUUCUACCAUAGAGCCUGAUACUGCUACAGAUGAAUCCACCUCUAACACUGAAGGUUCAUCUACUACCGAAGAAGAUAAUUCUACCACAGAACCAGGUUCCACCAUAGACAACGAUUCUGUCACAGAUGAAUCCACUCUUAGUACUGAAAGCUCAUCUACUACUGAAGAAGAUAGUUCAACCACAGAUAAAUCUACCUCUACUACUGAAGAUGAUAUUUCCACCACAGAGGCAACUUCAACCAUAGAAACAGCUUUUGCCACAGAUGAAUCCACCUCCAGCACUGAAAGCUCAUCUACUACUGAAGAAGACAGUUCAACCACAGAAGCAACUACUAUCAUAGAAACAGAUUUUGCCACAGAUGAAUCCACUUCUAGUACUGAAACCUCAUCUACUACUGAAGAAGAUAGUUCAACCACAGAGCAAAGUUCAACUAUAGAAAACGAUUCGGCCACAGAUGAAUCCACUACUAACACAGAAGAGAGUUCUACAACUGAAGCAACUUCUACAGUAGAAACUGAUUCUGACACAGAUGAAUCCAUCUCUAGCACUGAAAGUUCAUCUACUACUGAAGAAGAUAGUUUUACAAUGGAGGCAACUUCUACCAUAGAGCCUGAUUCUGCUACAGAGGAAUCUACCUCUAGCACUGAAGGUUCAUUUACUACUGAAGAAGAGAGUUCUACCACAGAAGCGACUUCUACCAUAGAGCCUGAUUCUGCCACAGAUGAAUCCACCUCCAGCACUGAAGGUGAAGAAGAUAGUUCAACAACAGUGGAAACUUCUACUGUAGAAACUGAUUCAGAUACUCAUGAAUCUACCUCCAGCACUGAAGGUUCAUCUACUACUGAAGACGACACAGAAGCAACAACUAUCAUAGAAACAGAUUUUGCCACAGAUGAAUCCACUUCUAGUACUGAAACCUCAUCUACUACUGAAGAAGAUAGUUCAACCACAGAGCAAAGUUCAACUAUAGAAAACGAUUCGGCUACAGAUGAAUCCACUACUACCGAAGGAGAUAGUUCUACAACAGAAGCAACUUCUAUAGUAGAAACUGAUUCUGACACAGAUGAAUCCACCUCUAGCACUGAAAGUUCAUCUACUACUGAAGAAGAUAGUUGUACAACGGAGGCAACUUCUACCAUAGAGCCUGAUUCUGCUACAGAGGAAUCUACCUCUAGCACUGAAGGUUCAUUUACUACUGAAGAAGAGAGUUCUACCACAGAAGCGACUUCUACCAUAGAGCCUGAUUCUGCUACAGAUAAAUUCACCUCUACCACUGAAGGUGAAGAAGACAGUUCAACAACAGUGGAAACUUCUACUGUAGAAACUGAUUCAGAUACUCAUGAAUCUACCUCCAGCACUGAAGGUUCAUCUACUACUGAAGACGACACAGAAGCAACUACUAUCAUAGAAACAGAUUUUGCCACAGAUGAAUCCACUUCUAGUACUGAAACCUCAUCUACUACUGAAGAAAAUAGUUCAACCACAGAGCAAAGUUCAACUAUAGAAAACGAUUCGGCUACAGAUGAAUUCACUACUAACGCAGAAGAGAGUUCUACAACAGAAGCAACUUCUACAGUAGAAACUGAUUCUGAUACAGAUGAAUCCACCUCUAGCAAUGAAGGUUCAUCUACUACUGAAGAAGAUAGUUCUACAACGGAGGCAACUUCUACCAUAGAGCCUGAUUCUGCUACAGAGGAAUCUACCUCUAGCACUGAAGGUUCAUUCACUACUGAAGAAGAGAGUUCUACCACAGAAGCGACUUCUACAGUAGAAACUGAUUCUGAUACAGAUGAAUCCACCUCUAGCAAUGAAGGUUCAUCUACUACUGAAGAAGAUAGUUCGACAACGGAGGCAACUUCUACCAUAGAGCCUGAUUCUGCUACAGAGGAAUCUACCUCUAGCACUGAAGGUUCAUUUACUACUGAAGAAGAGAGUUCUACCACAGAAGCGACUUCUACCAUAGAGCUUGAUUCUGUUACAGAUGAAUCCACGUCUAGCACUGAGAGCUCAUCUACUGAAGAAGAUAGUUCUACAACGGAGGCAACUUCUACCUUAGAGCCUGAUUCUGCUACAGAGGAAUCUACCUCUAGCACUGAAGGUUCAUCUACUACUGAAGACGACAUAGAAGCAACUACUAUCAUAGAAACAGAUUUUGCCACAGAUGAAUCCACUUCUAGUACUGAAACCUCAUCUACUACUGAAGAAAAUAGUUCAACCACAGAGCAAAGUUCAACUAUAGAAAACGAUUCGGCUACAGAUGAAUUCACUACUAACGCAGAAGAGAGUUCUACAACAAAAGCAACUUCUACAGUAGAAACUGAUUCUGAUACAGAUGAAUCCACCUCUAGCAAUGAAGGUUCAUCUACUACUGAAGAAGAUAGUUCUAUAACGGAGUCAACUCCUACCAUAGAGCCUGAUUCUGCUACAGAUGAAUCCACCUCCAGCACUGAAAGUUCAUCUACUACUGAAGAUGAUAGUUCUACCACAGAAGCGACUUCUACCAUAAAGCCUGAUUCUGCCACAGAUGAAUCCACCUCUUCCACUGAAGGCGAAGAAGACAGUUCAACUACAGAUGCAACUUCUACUAUAGAAACUGAUUCAGUUACUGAUGAAUCUACCUCCAGCACUGAAGGUUUAUCUACUACUGAAGAAGAUAGUUCAACCACAGAGCAAAGUUCAACUACAGAAAACGAUUCGGUCACUGAUGAAUCCACCUCCAGCACUGAAAGCUCAUCUACUACUGAGGAAGAUAAUUCUACAACAGAAGCAACUACUAUCCUAGAAACUGAUUCUGCCACAGAUGAAUCCACUUCUAGUACUGAAACUUCAUCUAAUACUGAAGAAGAUAGUUCAACCACAGAGCAAAAUUCAACUAUAGAAAAUGAUUCGGCGACAGAUAAAUCCAUCUCCAGCACUGAAAGCUCAUCUACUACUGAGCAAGAUAGUUCUACAACAGAAGCAACUCCUACCAUAGAAACUGAUUCUGACACAGAUGAAUCCAGUCCUAGUACAGAAAAUGUAUCUACUUCUAAAGAAGAAUCUACGACUGAGUCAACUUUUUCUACAGAUUAAUUUAAUCCACCUAACACCGAAGGUUCAAUACUAAAGAAUAUUUAAGACGGUCAAACAAAUCUUGUCACUAAAAAAACUGGCGGAAGGGUAUAGCAGGAUAAGCUAAGAAAAAUUGCCCCCAGGGUUUUUGGGUCGAAACUAUAAUCAAAUGUUGCCUUUUGAAGAGGUAAUACCGUGUACAAAGUUUCAUCCCCCUGUUACCCCCUGGGGGUGCGAAAUACCCGAUUAACCUUUGAAAAAUGAAGGGGCGAAGGUUCUUCGUUCUAUAGAAACUUCAUUUGCUUGACCGUCUGUGGUUCAACUUUUACCAUGAACCUGAUUAUCUGUAACAGAAGUUAGUGAUGGUGAGUUGGUGAGUGACCACCGCUGUAUGGAAGGAUCAUCUCCAAAUGAAGAAUCUAUGUACAAUGGAAGAUAAAUCUCAGAGGAAGAAUUUAUUUAUAUUUUUUACUAGAAAACACGGCUCGGAACCGGUACUUUUUUUAUACAAAAAUACCUGUUUUGUUGCGCACUUUCGUUUUUAAUUAUUUAUUUUUAAUAGGAUGGGACGAUGUUAUCAAAUACAUACAUGAUUAAGUCCUAUGUAAAGAAAGAACAUAAAAUUAUUAAAAGUAUUAGACUCCUGAACGGUUUAUAUCCGGUUCCCAGCCCUGCUAUAAAGUAAUAAUAAAUACUUUCUAUACAAGGUUACAUACAGUAGAUGUGUUAAGAAAACGGAUUAAAACACUCUUAGUAUACGAAAUCGGGUAGGUCUAAUGUUUUUUUUAUUUGUCACUUGCACUAACGACAAUGGAGGGUUAACCCGAGGGUUAACCCACCAUUUUAUAUGGAAUUUGACAGAUGACAGCCCACUAACCCUGAGUUAAGUCGUUGGUGCAAGUUCUUCUUCUUAAUGUCCUAUGUCCCCUAGAUGGGGCAGAGGGCAUCCACAGUGCGUCGCCAUCCCGAGCGGUUUUGAGCUUCGCGCUUUACUUUGCUCCAGGUCAUCCCUAUCGCCUUCGCUUCUGCAGUGAUCGUCCGCCGCCAGGACUGCUUAGGGCGGGCACGUCUUCGCUUUCCUUGGGGAUUCCAGUCUAGGGCUUGCCUCGGUAUGUGGUCGGGGUCCCUUCGGAGCGUAUGGCCAAUCCAGUUCCAUUUGCGGCGUUUGAUCUGCUGGUUGAUCGGAGUCUCACCGCAGCGUUCCCCUAAAUUAUUUGAGAAAUUGGUAAAAUGAGAAAUGAGAAGUAGUAGUAUUUGAGAAAUGCAAAAGAAACUAAAAACUUAUUGACUGCCCGUAAAAAAAUAUUUAAUACAUAUAAUAUUGAUUUGUUGCAAAUAGUUUUUAAACAAACACAUAUUUUUUAAG